UGGCGAUUUGUUGAUGUUGACGUUGUCUGACAUUUGUGGGUUUCGAAUUCUCAAAGCUUUUCAUUUUAUGUGAAAAAAUGCCAUUUUAUUGAAUCUAAAUAUGAUUUAAACUUCAGCUUAUAAGAGAUUACUUAUUCCUGCAUAAUAUAUUUAAUACUCAUAUUUAAAAAAUGUCUAAUUAUCAAGAAAUUGUCAAUCUGAAUGUAGGGGGUACGAAGUUCGCAACAUCGUGGCACACUCUCACAUGGGUACCGGAUACGUUUUUCACAGCCUUAUUGAGUGGUCGGAUACCUACAGUUAGGGAUGAGACCGGUGCAAUAUUCAUAGACAGGGAUCCCAAACUGUUUGGUCUCAUCUUGAACUUCUUGCGGAUGCACGACAUAGACCUUACGAAUGUGAACAUUAGGGCUCUGAGACAUGAGUGUGACUACUUUGGAAUAACACCACUGAGCAGACGGCUGGCACUGUGUGAUGAAAUGAAACAUUCUUCAUGUGGAGAUGUGCUAUUUUAUGGUUAUUUACCCCCUCCACAGUUAAAUCUCUCAAUACAAAGUAAUAGCAAUGGCAGAAAUGGCAAUAACUGUUCAAGAAAAAGUUCUACAGCUUCGAAUUCGGAAAGUUCCGCCAACAGGACUCAUUCAAGGAACUCUUCACUUGAUCUCAGGACUAUAGGGAGGAUUCCAUCUCAAGAUCAGUUAAGUCGGUGUGGCAGAGGGCACUCAAGAGCAGCAUCAUUAGGCAACAAUACAGACUGUUAUAAGGGAAUAAGACCUCCUGAAGUAAAUGCAUGGGCGGAUAGUAUGAAAGUUCAAAUAAUAAAGGCACAUCACAAUUGGAUAGCUGUUGCAUACACACAUUUUGUUGUUGGAUAUAGAUUAACAGACUCAUGCGGCUGGUACCAAAUGUUCCAAUCUCCGGUACAAGACUCGGCUAUAGAGCGGAUAGCUUUAAACGCGAAGACGGGAGGCGGCGCUAGUUCUGGCAGCAACACGUCAUCGGGCACUGACGUCAUGCUCGGCAUCGCGAGCGGGCUGCUGCUGCGGCUGUGGGCGUUCUCUACGCACAUCGAGCCUGUCAGGAUGAAUCUGAUUGGCACAUUUAACUUAGGCAUGCGAGUGGAACACCUCCUAUUCGUGGGUCCCCAACUGGUUGCCUUGAGUGGAGCGGGCAGUCGGAGCAAGGCUGGUGUCUGGCACACCAGCACGCAACAUUGGCAGACCCAAGACGUAGCUCAUCUCACUACUUACGACACCGCUGGUUCCUUCCUACUGCUGGGCACGGCUACUGGGACUAUUAAUUAUAUUGACAUGCAAAAGUUUCCACUUCGAAUGAAGGACAAUGACCUUCUCGUCACGCAGCUAUACAAAGAUCCAAACCAGGAGCCAAUCACAGCAAUAUCUGUGUAUCUCACACCCAAGACAAAUCUAUGCGGCAAUUGGAUCGAGAUCGCGUACGGCACUCGGUACGGCUCCGUGCGUGUGAUCGUGCAGCACCCGGAGACGGUCGGCCACGGCCCGCAGCUGUUCCAGACGUUCACGGUGCACCAGAAUCCAAUCACAAAGGUAUCCCUCUCGGAGAACUAUCUGGUGUCAGUGUGCAGCGAGUACAACCACGUGCGGUCGUGGCGGGUGACCCGCUUCCGCGGCAUGAUCUCCACGCAGCCCGGCACCACGCCCAACGCCGCCUUCAAAGUGCUCGCGUUGGAGGCGCCCACGGCGCAGGCGCACAAUGACUGCGGACCAUAUGGCGAGCAAGAUGAAGAGCAGAUAUUCAUACAAAAAAUUGUGCCAGAUACAGACACACUGUAUGUGCGGUUAGCUUCAAAUGGCAAAAGAGUGUGUACUAUCCGAUCUGUGGACGGCUCGGCAGUGUCUUGUUUCGUGGUAGCGGAAUGCGAAGGAGCGUUGCGGCCUAGGAGAUUAUUACUCUGUGGUCACCGUUCUGGCGCCACGCAGAUGUGGGACCUCACCGCGCCCAUAGACAAGGCGGCUAAGCCGGGACAGGCGGUCGCUGCUGGCGGAGAAGGCGAAGACGACGAAGCAGAAGGUGGGCCGAGUCCAGACGAACUUGUCCGAUUAUUGUCUGCGUGCGAUUUAGACGCCGCCCCCGCACCCCCUCCAUACGAUCCCCCCCGCCCGCUACAAGCGCCAUGAAGCUUGUGUAACGCGCUACAAGCGGUAUACAACUUUAUUGUUAAUGGAUAGGUCGAGUUACAGUUAGCUAGAGAGCUCUAUGCAAGGCUAUCGGCUAGUGAUUUAGUCGCCGCCUUCGUGACCGUCACUGAAGUGUUCAAUUUUCAAUUGCGUUGUAUGAUUUACAACCCUAUUGUUAAUCUGUAGCGUUAAAUUUACCUUGAUGGAGUUACAUGGUUUACAACUUAGAUCGCAAAUGGCGUCACAUAAGAUUUAGGUACUCUUUAUGACAUGUAAAAUUAAGUUUUCAACAAACAAAAUUAUCAUGUUAGAUAAUUCUAAGAGUAUUAAACAUAUCAAUGUAUUGAAAUCUGUCACACCGAAUACUGAAGUUUGAAGAGUGCAACCAAGAUGAAAUCUAUUGUGGAGAUGUUGUAUAUUUAACUUGCAUAAAGUUAUAUGUUAAAACUUAAAUCUAUACGGCAAAUGGAAUAUAGCUCGCUAAAUGAGUCGGUCAAAUGAUCUUGGUGGUCAACAUUUUGAAUCUAAUAUAUGUAAUGUAAAUAAUGUCUUUUAUUGCAAAAGUUAAGAUAGUGUAAAUUUUUUUGUCUUAAAUUGCUAUGCUGCUAAUUCUUCCAAAGCGGUCAUAAUUUAUCAGACGGAGAUAGAAAUGUCCAAUAUCUCUUAUCUAUUUUCUCUAUCUAUCUGUUUGGCUUUCCGAAAUGGUAUAAAGAGUGAUGAUAAAACAUACCUUGUUCGUGACGAUAAUGAUUCUAAGUUGUUUGUACGUAAACCAAUUUUUGUGUGGUUUUCUUUAGUUCGUGCCGUGUGGUUCCCGGCACUAUUACAAAAAAGAAUAGGACCACUCCAUCUCUUUCCCAUGGAUGUCGUAAAAGGCGACUAAGGGAUAGGCUUAUAAACUUAGGAUUCCUCUUUUAGGCGAUGGGCUAGCAACCUGUCACUAUUUGAAUCUCGGUUCUAUCAUUAAGCCAAAUAGCUGAACGUGGCCAUUCAGUCUUUUCAAGACUGUUGGCUCUGUCUACCCCGCAAGGGAUAUAGACGUGAUCAUAUGUAUGUAUGUAUGUAUGUUUCUUUAGUUCCUAUUAUAUUAUGCCACUUUGUACAUUUUAACAAUUAUAAAUUUUAGACAGGGUAUUAUUUAACAAGCACAAAGCUUCCAUCACUGUAAUCCCAUUUUAUUUGGCAUAUGCACAUACAUUUAUCAGUACUAUUAUUUUAGUAAUAAUUCUAAAAAUUGUACUUGCCACUUCUCGUUUUUUUUCAUGUUGUAUGUAUAAAGAUCUUAAGAUUAUUAAUCUCAUUUAUUUAUGGAUUUUGCUUAAAAUAUUCAAUAGGCUAAUUGGCAAUUCUAGUGGCUUUUUCAUAGUCUCUAAUUACCAAAAAAAUAUAUUUUAAGUGAAUUUCAUAAGUAAAUAAAGUUCCAUGUUAUUGUGUCUGCCUACCCCUCCGGGUAAAAGGUGUGAUAUUAUAAUAAUAUAUAGGCGUGUAUUAUUGUGUCUAACACAGGAAUCGAUGUAUUUUUUUCACAUCAAUGUGUUUUUUUUUUAAUUAUUGGCUCUUAUUGCCAUUUACCUUGAGAACGAACGAUAGUCGCUUUGCCAGAUAAUUUUGACAAAUGACGUAUAAAGACUGAUUUCAUUAUUAGGCUCAAACAUGUUUAAUGAAAUUCUCAUGAAAUCAUUUAUUUUUGAAAAUAUUUGUUAAUGUGUAAUAAUUGUAUGUUGAAAAUUAUUAUGUAUAUAGGAUUGAGAAUGAUGUCUUAUAGAUGUUAAACUUUUUAAAAUUAUGUCAUUUAUUAUUGUUGUUGUUGUAGUAAAAUGCAUUGUGUUAUAUUUAUUGCAAACACCUAUAUUUACAUUAACUUCAUUUUCAAUGUAAAUCAGUAUAACAUUAUAAUGUAAGUACUAAGGAGUAUAAAGUUUGUGUAUAUAUUUAUGACAUCUAUUAGGCGUUGAAACAAGGGUAGAGAUAAAUACCUUAAGUCGCGGGACCUUUACUUUUUAUUUGAUCUGAGGACUGCAGUCACGAUGAUAUUUGAUUUUAUAUCCAAUGAAUUACAAAAGAAAAAUACAAUAUUUACAAAAGUUUAAGUUAUU